AUGCUUGUGGUGACCUAUGUCCUGCAGCAUGGCACUAUGUGGGAAAUGUUGCUAGAGAAUCUCUUGUCCUGGAGUGGGGACACAAUUCACUGCCAAAAUGACAUGUGUCCUUUGAAUCCCACCAUUAACAAGGCUCUGACUUGUGUGCCUCCGGCACACAUGCCAGCAGAUCUGGCUGGCAUGCAAGUUGAGGAGGGGCAGAUCAACAGUCACUUUCCGCACUACAGUGUUAGAUAUACAGGUAUCCUGUAUGCCACCAGAGCCAUGACACCUCACCUUGUAUCUGUACCCCUGCGAGCGGGCAUCCUGUGUCUCACACAUUUAAGCCAACUUGAAGUCCAGCACUGGGUGGACUGCCUUGGACGCCGUGACAGAUUUGUUGUGGCUACAUCACACAUGCGUAAGACAUUCAAUGUGGCUGUAGGUCCAUCACAGCAACCUAUAGAAUAUGGUUACACUUUCUUUCGGGAAGAGCCUGCUGUGCAUGGAUCACCAAACAGGUUGAUCUGUCAAGUGGCUUCUCUCCCGAGUGAUAUCCAGGAGAUCACAGGUAAUAUCCUUGUGGUCAAGCACAAUAGAGGACACAGACACAAAUUGGUUGAUGUCAGAAUGGAGGAUGUUGAAUGGAUCAAUGGUAUCAUCAAAAAACUGUCCUUACUAGUUGAGAUAAUACUUAACAUGCACAUGAGUUCCAAACCACCGCACUUGACAUUAUGA